CGUGCGUGCAGGCUGACGCGACUGCGUGUGGGUGGGCGCGGCGGUGGUUGAGGCGGCCGCUGAAGCGGCGAGCGGCCAGCGGUGUUCACAUCCCGGCCACCAUGAGCACCAAGCAGGUCACUUGCAGAAUUGAGACUGGAACCAAUGGCCCUGGGCAUGCAGGGGCAUGUACUACCUGAGUGAGCCACACUCUCAGCCCUUACUGUGCUGGGGUACUUCAUGCACGGGGUGUGCCGAGAGGGCAGCCAGUGCCUGUUCUCACAUGACCUGGUCAACAGCAAACCAUCCACUAUCUGCAAGUACUACCAAAAAGGCUGCUGUGCCUAUGGGACACGGUGCAGGUAUGAUCACACAAGGCCCUCAGCUGCAGCAGGGGGCGCUGGGGGCCCUCCACCCCCCACUCGGCCCUCCACAGCCUUCCCAAGUCCUCAGCCUUCUUCCGACCUCACAACAGCUACCAUGAGAACGCCAUCCCGAGAGCCUGGGCGUCGGGAGAAGAGGACACUGGUGCUCAGAGACCGGAAUCUCUCAGGACUGGCUGAAGAGAAGACUUCCCCCAGCAUGGCCCCAAGUCACCCAGGCAGCUACAGUGACCCCCAGCUUGACCCUGAGAUGAAGCCCCAUUCCUACCUGGAUGCCAUUAGGAGUGGCCUUGACAAUGUGGAGGCUGGCACCUCCUACAGCAGUGAGCAGCAACUGUGCCCCUACGCUGCAGCCGGGGAGUGCCGCUUCGGGGAUGCCUGUGUCUACCUGCAUGGGGAUGUAUGUGACAUCUGCAGGCUCCAAGUCCUGCAUCCUUUUGACUCAGAGCAGAGGAAAGCUCACGAGAAGGUCUGCAUGGCAACUUUUGAGUUCGAGAUGGAGAAAGCCUUUGCCUUCCAGGCAAGCCAGGACAAGGUGUGCAGCAUUUGCAUGGAGGUGAUCCUCGAGAAGGCGUCGGCCUCUGAGCGGAGGUUUGGGAUCCUCUCUAGCUGCAACCAUACCUACUGCCUGUCCUGCAUCCGCCAGUGGCGCUGUGCCAAGCAGUUUGAAAACCAGAUCAUUAAGUCUUGUCCAGAAUGCCGUGUAAUAUCCGAGUUUGUCAUUCCAAGUGUGUACUGGGUAGAAGAUCAGAAUAAAAAAAAUGAGUUGAUCGAAGCUUUUAAACAGGGGAUGGGGAAAAAAGCCUGCAAGUACUUUGAGCAAGGCAAAGGGACCUGCCCAUUUGGAAGCAAAUGCCUCUACCGCCAUGCUUACCCUGACGGGCGACUGGCAGAGCCUGAGAAGCCCCGGAAACAGCUCAGCUCUGAGGGCACUGUGAGGUUCUUCAAUUCAGUGCGGCUCUGGGAUUUCAUCGAGAACCGUGAAACCCGUCAGGUCCCCAGCACUGAAGAUGUGGAUGUGGCUGAGCUUGGGGAUCUCUUUAUGCACCUUUCUGGAGUAGAGUCAACAGAAUCCUGAAGGCAUAGCCACCCUGCACGUUGGCACUGUCAGCCCUCAGUCUGCCAAGUUGCCAUGUGUAGCCUGCUGCUUGGAAUUGAGCAGACUGUCCUUGCUCUUGAUCUCACCUACUCCAGUAUGACAGUCAGGGACACACAGAGGAUAUAAAAUAACCUACUAAGCAUAUGUAAUCACUAUUUUUAUAGUUGAUAUCUUAGUUGCACCUGCAGCCCCUCAAGGGUGUUAACUGUCUGGACUGUUUUGGUUGCUUCAGGGUAACCUGGCUUCUUGUCCUUUUCAACCUGUUUUCUCCUCAGAAACAGUAAACCUAUGGUAGCUAAAACAGCAGAUUUUUUUUUUUUUUUUAACCAAAGGGUUUUUGCAAAUCUGCAAAAGAAUUCCUCUAUGGUAAAGCUCUCUCGUGCAUUAAACAGCAUCCUAAUUUGUGUUUAAGAGCACCUGACACAGACUCCACGCUAAGCUGAGUCCCUCCAGUGAUCCAGGCUAGAGCAGUGGGCGUAUUUUUAGGCUGCAUGUGUAGCAAUAGUGAAAGUGCCCGUCGUCUGCCUGGGAAAUGAAGUCCCUGCCCUUCUGGGUGGCUCAUGUCCAUAGUGUUCAUCUUGCUGAGGGCUCUCAACCCACAUUGUUAAUACUCAAGCCAUCCCCUCUUACCUGAAGGUUCAGGUGAUGAUCUGUAAAAAUUUCAGCACAUUGAAAGCAUUUUCUGGUCCUGGGACCUGAGGCUGCAUUUUCUGCCAUUAUCUUGAUUUUAACUAAAGAGUUCAUGUGACCAUGCAAGUCAGAACCAAUUUUUCCAAACCUGAAUUUAUUUUUAUAAAAAGCUAUAGACUACCAAAUGUUUUAUAAAGUGCAUUAUUUGAUGUGUGGGUAGAAGCUCUCUUACCCGACUUUGGAGUCCUUUUUGCUUUUCACAGGCUAUAUGAAAUCCACUCCCAGCCAAGCUCUGGCCAUUUCCUUGACCUCUACUAUAGACAAAAGGAAGCAGGCACAUGGAACUGCAGCAGAAGCAGGGCCUGCUUCCAAAGGAGUUAACAGCCAUCAAACCUAGAUUUAAUUUAUUUUAUUAAAAUAACAUAAUUGAGGAACAAUCAGAUAACUUGUAUCUUGUCAGGUGCAAUAAAAACAAAAUUAAAACCCAGAUCAUCAAGAAAA